AGAAAACCUGGACCUGACAAAGAGGUGGUAAAAACAGCCUCCAUCUGAAAGUGUAGUUACCACAGAGUGACCAUGGCUGAGUACAAGCUAGAGGUGACAACUGGUCACAUGGAAGAUGCAGGAACAUGGGACCACAUAUAUGUCACUUUAAUUGGAACUGAAGGGCAGAGUGAAAGAACUGAGCUUGACAACUUUGGCAUCGACUUUGGAAGUGGAACAAUGGGGACCUACACCAUGAAAACCAGUUUGUCUCUGGGGAGACUUCUGCUGGUCAAGGUGGAGAAAGAUCCUUUUUUGCUUCUCCCAGAAGAUGAGUGGUACUUCUCCAAAAUAGUGGUGACGACUCCAGAAGGAGAUGCCAUUCUUUUCCCCUGUUACAGAUGGAUCUCCAGGGGAGAACUGGUGGAACUGAGAGGAGGGAAAGCCAUCAAGGAUUUUGAGGAGGACCAUCCCCUGUUGAUUGAACACCGCAGAAAAGAGCUGAAAAUGAAAAAGAGCUUUUACCAAUGGAAAAUUAUGGCUGAAGGACUACCCCACAUCAUCCAUUUUGAGAAAGCAACUGAGCUCCCAGCUGAAGUCCGUUUCUCUAAGUCCAGACACGAUGAACUAGAAGACACAAAAACGUUAAACGUCAUUGAACUCAAGCUUAAAGGGCUGCUUGGAUCUGCUGAAAAAUGGGAAAGCAUUGAAGACAUAAGAAAAAUCUUCUGGUAUAAAAAGACAACAGUAUCAGAGUAUGUUGCAGAUCACUGGAAGGAGGAUGCCUUUUAUGGAUUCCAGUUUCUGAAUGGACUCAACCCGAAUGUGAUCAAGCGCUGCUCUGAGCUUCCCUCAAACUUUCCAGUCACAGAGGAGAUGGUGAGCCCAUUCCUAGUAGAGGGAAGCUCUUUGGAGGAGGAAAUGGAGAAAGGCAAUAUAUUCCUGUACGACCAGAAGAAGAUGGAUGGAAUACCCCCAAGAAUCAACAAUGAUGAACCUCUGCAUGUGACUGCUGGUCUCUGUUUGCUCUACUUGAACCCAGCAAACAAACUGAUGCCAAUAGCAAUACAGUUGCAUCAACAACCUUCUGAGCAGAACCCCAUCUUUCUGCCCAGUGACCCAGAGACUGACUGGCUACUGGCCAAGAUGUUUAUUAAAAAUGCAGAUUCCAUGGAUCAUCAAGCAGUUCAACACCUGAUGAACACUCACCUUCUGGCAGAGGUCUUUACUGUUGCUGCUCUCCGCUGCUUCUCCGAGAUUCAUCCCCUCUACAAGCUGCUGUUUCCACACUUCCGGUACACCCUUGAUGUAAACAUUGGAGCCCGCAUACAUCUCUUUGGACCUGAGGGGAGUCUGAAUAUAAGCUCACUUGGAUGUGACGGACUGACAGAGGUCAUGAGAAGGUCUCACUCUGAGAUGACCUACAGCUUCCUCUGUCUCCCAGAGAACAUCACUGCACGAGGACUGGAGUCCAUACCCAACAACUACUACAGAGAUGAUGGCCUGAAGGUGUGGAACAUCAUCAACAGCUUUGUGAAGGCAGUAGUGGAGUACUAUUAUCCCUCAGACAGUGAUGUGUGUAGAGACACUGAGCUGCAGGAAUGGAUCAGUGAGAUAUUCACACAUGGCUUCUUUGGGAAUGAAGCCUCAGAGAUUCCAGCAUGCUUUUAUACUGUCGAGGAAGUGAUCAAGUUCAUCACCAUGGUGAUCUUUACAUCAACAGCUCAACAUGCUGCAGUAAACAAUGGGCAGUACGACUACUACUCCUGGGUGCCCAAUGGCUCGCUCCUGCUUCGCAAACCACCUCCUACGACUAAGGGGCAGUCAAGCAUGAAGACAAUUUUGGAGACCCUCCCAGAUGUUGGCGAGACAGUCAGCUUUGCAGAUCUGUCGUGGCUACUGACGAGCAAGUACACGGAUACUGUUACCUUGGGUUCAUACCCUGAGGACCGAUUCAAUGAGCCUGCCCCUAAGCAGAUGAUUAAGGAAUUUCAAGCGGCACUGUCCUGCCUCAGUGAAGCAAUUACAGCAAGAAACUCCCAGCUUGAAGUACCCUACACAUAUCUGAAUCCUGUUGAGAUAGAGAACAGUAUAACCAUUUAAGAAAGUCUGAGGAAAGCAUUCUGCAUGACACAUUAUAUCCAUGUAUUUCUCAACAUUGGUCUUGCAUGCUGGGGGGGUGCGAUAUACUUAGCAUAUGGCAAAUACAGUAGGUUGUGUGUUGAUGGAUGGGCCUGUGGUAUGGUAACAAUUUUAAUAUGUUGCUGUAUGAAUCAGGUACCAAUAAAAAAAAAAGUAAAAAAUGUAAUGACAAUAAAAAAAAAACAAGGAUAUGGUGAACAAGGUAAAAACAAUUGGCUUUUUAGAGGGAAAGAGGAAUAAACUACUCUUUUUGUAACAGCUGAGUAUCUACUGACUUUAGUCCUGAAACAAAACUUGAGCUUGGGGUAUAUGGUGUUAAAUAUGCUGUGGAACAUAUAAAGUGAUUUUGUUAGAACUAACUAGCUAUGAUAUGCUACCAAAACUGUAGGGGUAGAGUAAUAUCAACACUAUAUUUAGUAUUAGUAUUCAGUUAGCACAAGUAUCUAUGGCUGUGUUUUCAAAAGGACAUCUAGAUCCAGAUGCAUGUAGAACAUGAUGUCAUAAACUUGUACUUUAGGCAAAUCUUUACUUAAAUGAA